AUGCCCUCCACCGUCGCCGCCGGCGAGGCCUCCCAGUCAUUCUCCUCCGCCGUAACCACCCCCGACGGCUGGCACCCCCGCACGUCCGAGCGCCGCCUGCUCCACCUCCUGCACCACUCCUCCCGCGCCCGCCGCCGCCCGCUCGACCUCCUCGCCUUCGCCGUCCGCCACCGCCUGCACUCCUCCCCGCCCUCCCUGCACCACCACUUCCUCACCGCGCUGCUCCUCCUCUCCUCCCCGCCGCCUCCCGCGCUCCCUCUCCUAAGCCUCCUCCCUCCCGACCCGCCGCCGCCCCUCCCACUCCUCAACGCCGCCCUCAAAUCCCUCUCCGCCUCCUCCCCGCCGCUCGCGUUCCGCCUCCUAUCCUCCCUCCGCCGCCUUCACGCCCCCGAUCGCCUCUCCUUCCUCCCUCUGCUCGGCUCCACCCCCUCCUUCCCGCUCCUCUCGUCCCUGCACGCGCUCCUCCUCCGCCUCGGCUUCCUCUCCCACCACGCCAUCUCCCUCGCGCUCCUCAAGCCCUACCCUCUACCCCACAUACAAACCCUGUUCGACGAAAUGCCCCAGCAGAACAAGUGCGCCGUCGCCUACAACACGCUCAUCACCGCCUACCUGAAAGCCAAGGAUCUCUUCGCCGCACGCCAUCUGUUCGACGAAAUGCAGCGGUUCAAGCGCUCCAGGAGAAGCGUGGUGUCCUGGAACGCUAUGAUCGCGGGGUGCGCGUGGUGCGGGAGGGACGAGACGGCAGUGCGGUAUUUCGAAGACAUGGUGCGGGAGGGCGAGGUGGCGCCAGAUGAUGGGACACUUGCCGCGGCGCUGCCUGCUUGUGGGAGGACAGGGAACGCUGGUGCCGGGAGGUGGGCACACGAGUACGCAUCUACAACGGGUAUUUUAGAUAGGUCGGUGUAUGUUGCAAAUGCGGUGGUUGAUAUGCAUUGCAAGUGCGGUGACCUUAACAGCGCCACAGAGGUGUUCCAAGGGAUGCGACAGCGGAGCGUGGUGAGCUGGAACACGAUGAUCUCAGGGUUUUCAUUGAAUGGGCAAGGGAUUAAGGGGAUUGAGCUGUUCCAGGAGAUGGUGAGGUCUGGAAAGGCUCCCAACGCAGUGACUUUCCUGGGGGUGCUUAGUUGCUGUGCCCAUGCUGGGGCGGUGGAUAUUGGGCAGGGGAUCUUCCAGAGUAUGCAGUCAGACCAUGGGAUUGAGGCGGAAAUCGAACACUAUGGGUGUAUGGUAGAUUUACUUGGAAGGUCCGGUCUUCUCGAGAAGGCGCAUGCACUGAUUCAAGAGAUGCCAAUGAGGUCUAACGCUGCAAUAUGGGGAUCGCUUCUAAGCGCAUGCCGUUCCCAUGCUGGGCUUGGCAUUGCCGAGGUAGCUCUCAAAGAGCUUAUUAGUCUGGAACCUUGGAAUUCAGGGAAUUAUGUGCUGCUGGCCAAUCUUUAUGCACAAACAGGACGGUGGGAUGAGGCAGGGGAUGUGAGAAAACUGAUGAGGAGGAUGAGUGCUCACAAGGAGCCAGGGCAGAGUCUAAUAGAAGAACCAAGUUCAAGUUGACAAAAUAUGUGCUCGUAUUAUGAGUUAACUCUGAAUAUACACCUACAACCAAGCGGGUAAACAACAGAGAAGACCUAUAGGGGAAGGCUCUGUGCAUUGGCCAAUCUUAUCAAUAUCAUGGGAUGUGGUAUUUACAGGUAAUCACUUAAGCUAUAUUUUUAUGUUUCCAGCUUC